UAAAGCGAGGAGGAACUGAAAUAUAAAACCUUCGACUCAAUAUUCAGUUCCAAUUAUGGUUUCUGCGGCUCCACGAAUCUUCAGCAGGAAUUCGUAGCUCGCGUGGAAGCAUUCAUUCUAGCGAGAGGAAGUCUUAACAUUUUGUGAAAAUCACCACAUUCGAAGAGAUUUUUAAUGAUCUGACUGCCUUUGGUAACAGUUAGAAUUCUCGCAAACUAGCAUGCGCAUGGCUGCGUUUGUCCCCUAUUUGAUUGCGCUCUACUGCUUGAGUUUAGUCCAUGCUCAGUCACAGUUGUUAAUCGAAAUCGACAGAGAUCCGAGUUUAGCGAUAGAGGACGACCUUAAACUGCCCAGAAAUACUGCUGAAUGCCCUUUUGACGGAAAUAAUGUAUCUCCUGCAUGCCGUAAAUACAAGGCUCAGUUGCUCGGAGGUUGUUUUUGUAAAUGUGACAGACCCGGAGGGGACAAGUACACUUUCUUUGAACCGACCAAUUCUUGCUUGAAGGUCAGCUUGGCUCGUCAGAGAUCAGGUAACUUAGUUUCAUUUGGUGCGCUUACUUACAUUGCCUUUUAAUUAAUGUCUUCUCAUCAAUUUAAGUUACAAAAUAUUAACUAUCCGAUUGUCCCAGGUGACAAACAAAUGUCUAAAGGAGGAUCGAUUUAGCUAUAUAGUAUUCAAUUUGGUGUUGCUAAUUAACCAGAACGUAUGUUUCGCAGAUUCAAUUUUUGGAAUCGUGAAAUCCGUCACUUAAUACAAAGGCAAGGAUAUGUAUUUCCUUUUAAGUUAACUUGCUAGCUGUAUUGUAGAAAAUGAUUGUGUGGGAAUGGAUUUUAUUGAUGGUAGAGCUGUUAUGUCAAAAUUUGGCCAUGGUCUGUUGCUAUUGGUCUGCCAAGCAUGUAGCAGUCAAGUGAAAUUUAAAAUAUGUGGAUCAAAUUUAGGUUUAAUUUUUCUAUCAAACGCAUGACAAUCUUCAGUCACCGAGUAGUGUUACUGAAAUUCUCUAGGGAGCUUCUUUACCAUUUUGUCCGCUAAUUUGCUUAAAUUACACCAUAACAUUCUUUAGAAAAUCCAUUGAUUGUUGUCACCUGUAAAAAUUGUACAAACAAAAAGGAAAAUUAAAUCCUUAAUUUUUCAUCAGGAAAACGUAUUAUAGCAAUAUCUCAAUUUUUCUUGAAAUGAUCAAGGAAUACAAAGAACGACAAAUUUUCCUUCCUAUGUCCCUGUUAAACCCGUGUCACUAUCCAAGGACUUUGUUGUUAUACAGCUCACACACCAAGGAUCGAGAAAAGCUAUAUCAUAACUCUUUUCUCCUUGAUCUAGAAUAUUUCAAUAUUUGACACUUUUCAAUAAAAUAUACAUACUUUAAAAAGUAUAACAGUUGAUUACCUCGAUUACUUUGAAAAUUAUCUAUAGACAUUUUUUUAUUUCGAAGGAAGUUGCGUGGGCAAGUUUUAGUACUCUUAUCGGUUUACUAGGUUCGCGAUUUUUAGUUCAAUUGAUUUAAUUAUUUUAUUCUAAUUAAGAUAUUGAAGCAUUGAUGCUGUACAGAAGCUACUCUUUGUAAGCCCUGUGCGGUGUACGAGCUUUUUGCUUUUAAAAGCAAGUUUGCAUCUUUGUGCGCAAUCUUCCUUCCUCAUGUAUUAUGUACCAAAUGAAAGGGUUUAAAACGAAACAGCACAAAACGAAAGUAUACCCUUAAUACCUGCAGGCUCUUCAACAUCAUAAUAAAGGUGCCGGCCUUUAAUAACGAGGGCUAAAAUGCUUAUGUCAUUAACUUGUGCACAGAAUUUUGUUCCAAUCACAGUGUAUAAAAAAGUAUGGUGUUCAUUAUGUCUAUGAUUAUGAGUAUGAUUAUUCUUUAUAAUUUAUUUGUUUUUCUACCAAAUCACUCUUUCAAUUUGUAAUUGAACUCGUUACUUAACAUAUCAUACUGACUGGAUUCUUUAUGUUCAUGUAUUAUACACACGCGUACCAACUCUUAACGAAUAUUUUGAUGACAGGUAAUCAGCGAAUACUCAGUCAACAUCUCGAUAUCAGGGUAAAUUCUUAUUUUCCUUCUUUAUUUAUAAAUCAGCGAGUAAUAAAAUGGAGUCUUUCAAUUUAUGAUUUAACUAGUUAUUUAAUAUAUCCUACUGAUAAGAUUUAUUAUUUGAAAUUUAUUAUUUUAUUCUUUAUUAUCGGUAUUAUACACACAGGUACCAACAGCACUCUGAAUGAAUAUUUUGAUGGCAGGCCAUUAGUGUAUACAAGGUCGUCAUUUUAAUAUCAGGGAAAGUUCUUAUUUUAAACUUUUAUUUAUAAAUCAGCAAGCACCAAAAUGGAUUCUUUGGUUGUUUACCGUUGGCCAAAAUAUCAAGUUUGCUUGGAACAAUUAAGGAAGGUACAAUUUAGUAUUUCGAACGGGAAAUUUAAUAAAACCAGAGUUUUCCGUAGGAAGGCAGUGGAGUUGGAAGACUCCUUCCUCCUCAAUCUAUGGAUGGUAACCAAGCUCGCGAAAAAGCUAAUUAAGAGCUCUGACUCACUGAAAACAACCGCAAUUGCUUAAAGGUAGCUGGAGCGAUGAAGGGAAUGCUACAUAGCGAUCAAUACUAGUCAAGAGUCACUGUAUUGUUAUGUUUUCUCCUUUGUAUGCCGGAUCAGAGGCGUAUUCCAACGAGUCCAAUUCUAUGCUUUCGGACUUUCUUCCGUCUUAUAUUUCGUCUAAACGUACUUUAUAUCUCAGUAACGCUUUUUGUUUGGCUUAAGUACUAGUAAAGGUAAUAGGAUACAGAAUUCCAGUGCUGAAUUAAUUCGCUUCCCAUCAAUCUAUAUUUGGCGUAUUCACCCAAUCUUCGCAUGUGCAAGGAGAUCGGCUCUGAGGCAAGGCGUGAUGAGCCUCACAGAAUGCUAAUUACUAAUUACCUUGGCAGUCCGACUUUGGAGCCUGUUAGUUAUGGCGGGUCUCUUACUCACUAUCUUGAAUAUUAAUUAUGGGGGCCGAGUUGAGAUUUUUAUGACAAUGACCCAUAGUUACAUUUUGAACAUCUAAAUGCCUUUGUUGUAGAUUUUGUUUUGGAAAGGGGGAGGGGGCGGAUUUUUACUGCCCAAAAGUUAGCUGGUAACCAUACCAAGUUAAUGUACAGCAAGCCUUUAUUCCAAUUCACCCCAACCAAUUCCCUCCCCCCCCCCCCUUUCCGAACCACUUUGCGCCAUCAAUUUGAGUGUUCUUGAACAGUUUUUCUAGGGUAUCGCUUUCUUGCUAUUAUUGCCGGUUCGUAAGUGAAGUCCUAGAGACCAUGUUGGUUGUCAAGAACAAAAGCAUUUCUCCCCUCUGGAAGCUAAGCUCUAUUUUUAUGUCAAUUCUUCCAAAAGAAUUUCAUUGUAUUGACCACGAACAUGGCCUCCUGGUCACGUGUUUGCAAACAAAGAAUUGGUUGGUGGAAUGUUCUUUAAUUAUAAAAGCGUCCCAAUUCAAUCAAAAACUAAGAACAAUAACAACUUUAAAUAACAAGGUUGAAAAGCAUUGGUUAUGCUAAUAAAUUGAGAAAAUGAAGCACACAGAUCAAGUGUCCACUUGCGAUCAGGAUGCAGCCAACCAAACCAAACUGUGCUACUGUUAAAAGUUUAAGAAUCGUAGAAAAUACAUAUAUCUUCUUCAUACGUAGUCAGUCACUGAAUAAUGUGACCAUAGUUAAUAGAUUGGAUUGGUUAUGAAACCCGUCAGACUAGUCCUUUGUUUUUGUGGACCUCACGGUGCACAACGUUCAAUAGCAUUCCUAGAAUUUUGAUCUUAGGGUCUGUUUACAUGGAGGUGGGGGACCUAAGGUAGGUGAGGUAACCCGCCUGUCCAUAUAAUCUCUCAUUUUAACUUGAUCACGUUUACAUGAUAGGUGGGGUGACCCGCCACAUGUUACCUCACCUAUCUGGGGUCCCCCACCUCCAUGUAAACAGGCCCUUAGUGACAAAUAAACGCCUCCCAAAAACUUAUUCCGUCACAAUUUGCCAAUAGAAAACAAAGAUUGUGCCCCUUCAGGGAGCUUCUAACAUAAACCGCAGCACCGUUUUGUUGUUUUUGUUGUCUUUCAUGACUAGUCUCCUCUAAUAACUAUGAUGCGACAUAAUAGGUAGUGAGACUUUUGACGUAAUUCCGAAUAGACCAUUUUACGGCUUUGUGGGCUUAGUACCCUAGCCUCUGAGGUACCUGAGGCUGAGGUUGCCCUUGUUCAGUUUGAUACAAACCUCCUUCAUUUUCUUAUAAAAAUUAUGAUAAAAAAAUUGUUUGAAUAGGAAUAACAUGAUUAAAGGAGGAAGGGUUGUAUCAAAAACAAGGUCAAUUCCAGCCUCGUUUCCACUUGUAACUAUAAAAUGGGCUAUGGGUAACAGUUUUAUGCAGCUUAUGCAUUCACGAUUGAUAAGCAUGCAUUCCUCUAUUGCCUCCUCUUCAGUGAAUUUGUUAUUAUGAAGAUGAUGAUGAUGAUGAUGAUGAUGAUGAUGAUGGUGAUUGCUGUUGUUGUUUCUAGUGUAAUCCUGGUUUCAAACUUUUUUAAAUUUUGAUUUGAGUCUGAGUCUGAGUAAGUUUUGCCGGCGAGGUUAUCGCGUAUUCGUGAAUCGAUUGAGAAAUAUGCCUACUUAAUAUUUUGUCAGUUUUUAAACUUUUAUGAAAAUAACAUCGUCGUCUUCUUCACCUUAGGGUGUGAUUUACUCUUUACUGGCAAGACAGCUGAGAGCGCAUUAAUUUUUAUUCCCUCAACGGGUGUUUCUAAGAAAACCAUCAACGUCCCUGCCAACAAAACAUGCAGCUUUUACUUUGGGGAGAAACUCUACGCACAUUACGUUGGUUGCGACGGAGCCUGGAAGGAGAUAUCAUCAAACAGUGUAAAUGAGAGUUUAGAGGUCACUCCUGGUUGGAACACAAGUCAGCUGCAACUCGCGGUGUGUAUUAAGGGUACUCAAUUACAGUUCAUGCGAACACGCUUUGUGACAGCCUAUGCCCAAGGCGUUUUCUCUUGCCUAGUUACCUGCGCAAAGUCUGGUGAAGGCUUGUCUCUCUAGGUGCCCUCACAACUCGCGGUAUAGUCCAGGUUUGACCGUGCCGAAAGGUUAGCUUGUUGACAUUUCUGUAACUGGUACAGUAGCAACCGCCAUUUAUGACCUUCUCCACAACAUGCAUGAUCUCGUCUCCAGGUCAUUUUUCCUUAUUCUACGACUCCUUGUUAAAUAGCCUGCGAAUACAACCGCCUCUCGUCGACUUUCCUGCCGCCCGCUCAAUCGACAGGCAGCUAUGAAAGGCGUCUGUGUUCGCGGACUUCUUGUUUAUACGACAACCCGUCAUUACAAAUAACGGCGAGGUAUUUAGGUAAUAGACUAGUCCACCUUGUAACGACCUAAUUUCCAUGUUAUACAGAUGUCGUAUGAAACUAUCAAGCAAACAAAUAUACAAUAGACAAAUAAAUCAAAGCAAAGACAGCUAAACAGAUUUACUGCUCAACCAUUAAAUCGCAUAACAAACAAACAAACAAACUCGAAAGAAAAAAAAAGAAACAAACAGACAACAACAAGAAACGCAGCUUAACAGAUUUGCAGUAUUUUUUAGCUAGUUGAUGAUUGUUUGUUCCAUUUCUUUUUUUCCUUCCUAGACAAGAGGCAGCGUUCCAUCUUUCCUUCACUCGAACCCUGGUAGGAUUUUUAGAGUCGCAGUACAGUGCCGCGAUUUACUUAACAACACAGUCGACAGCAGCUGCGUUAUGUUCAAGGUUGCAGGCAGAAUACAGUGUAAGACCUCUAAUGGAUGUACAUGUCAAACUGAUUGAAAAUUUGAUGGAAAACCAGCAAACAAACUAGAAAAAAGGUCAAGCGUUGCAUGAAAUGAGCACUAAAUGAAACAAUCAUUUGCAAAUUGGGCUGAUUCCACAGAGACUAAAAACAUUACCUGUAGGCAUUUAAUCUUUUGUUUCGCUACUAUUCACUAAUCACUCAGUGGACCGUGAUCUUUAAGAUAAUCACCAUACUCAGCUUACCACUGUGAAUAGCUCCUUUUCUUCUGUUGAUCCACAACAACAGUACCAAAGGAGAUUGCGCUUAACUUGUAAAUUGCCAAAACAACUAGAUAUAAAUUUCUAGCAACGAAGCAUGGGAACCAUACUAAUUAUUGGUGAUUAAAGCUAAACUUACUAUCUUUGAAAUUGCUUAGGUCCAAUCCCUCAACAGCCUCCGUUAAACCAAACCGCAACUUUACCACCUCCAAUUGUUGAAAUAACCAGCACCACAGCCACACCAACGCGUCCAACAACCACUCAGGCAGAAAACGUAACCACAGGCACACCAGCUGUGGUCACAACUGAGGUUUGUUUGGGUCAUAACUGUGUUUUCUUUUUGGCGUUUAGAUUUGAACGCUCGAAAAUUAAGUGAUAUUCUCUUACAUUUCGGUAGUAGUAUAAACAAAUAAUAGCAUGAUUUGUAGGUGACAUUUGGCAUAAAUACCACUCGUGAUAUUUCAAAAUUGUCUCAAAAUUCACUCUCCCAGCUGCUCGUGAAAUUACGUACAAUAAUUUUGAAAUACCACGAGUGCUAUUUAUGCCAAAUAUCACUACAAAUCAUGCCAUUCAUUACCUAUUCAAAUCAUGGUUACAAACUUAAAAUUUGUAAUUUUGAUUUUUAGGCAGAAAACGUAACCACAGGCACACCAGCUGUUUUCACAACUGAGGUUUGUGUGGGUCAUAAUUGUGUUUUCUUUCUUGCGUUUAGAUUUGAAGGCUCGAAAAUUAAGUGAUAUUUCCUUACAUUUCGGUAGUAGUAUAAGCAAAUAAUAGCAUGAUUUUUAGGUAAUAUUUGGCAUAAAUACCACUCGUGAUAUUUCAAAAUUGUCUCAAAUUUCACUCGCCAAACAGCUCGUGAAAUUUCGUACAACAAUUUUGAAAUAUCGCAAUCGUGGCAUUUAUGCCAAAUAUCACUACAAAUCAUGCCAUUCGUAAUUACCUAUUCUAAUUAUAGUUACAAACUUUUGUAAUUUUGAUUUUUAGGCAGAAAACGUAACCACAGGCACACCAGCUGUUGUCACAACUGAGGUUUGUUUGAGUCAUAAUUGUGUUUCCUAUUUUGCGUUUAUAUUUGAAGGUUCGAAAAUCAAGUGGUAUUCUUUUGCAUUUCGGUAGUAGUAUAAACAAAAAUAGCACAAUUUGUAAGUGAUAUUUGGCAUAAUACCGCUCGUGAUAUUUCAAACUUGUCUCAAAUCUCACUCGCCAAACAGCUCGUUAAAUUACGUACAACAAUUUUGCAAUAUCGCAAUCGUGGUAUUUAUGCCAAAUAUCACUACGAAUCAUGCCAUUCGUAAUUACCUAUUCUAAUUUUAGUUACAAACUUUUGUACUUUUGAUUUUUAGGCAGAAAACGUAACCACAGGCACACCAGCUGUUGUCACAACUGAGGUUUGUUUGGGUCAUAAUUGUGUUUUCUAUUUUGCGUUUAGAUUUGAAGGCUCGAAAAUCAAGUGAUAUUCUCUUGCAUUUCGGUAGUAGUAUAAACAAAAAAUAGCAUGGUUUGUAGGUGACAUUUUUGCAUAAAUACCACUCGUGAUAUUUCAAACUUGUCUCAAAUCUCACUCGCUUAACAGUUCGUGAAAUUACGUACAACAAUUUUGAAAUAUCACUCGAGGUAUCUAUGCCAAAUAUCACCGCAAAUAAUGGUAUUACCUAUCUAAUCAUGGUUACAAACUUUUGCAAUUUUGAUUUUUAGGCAGAAAACGUAACCUCAGGCACACCGGCUGUUGUCACAACUGAGGUUUGUUUGGGUCAUAAUUGUGUUUUCUAUUUUGCGACUAGAUUUGAAGGCUCGAAAAUUAAGUGAUAUUCUCUUACAUUUCGGCAGAACAUAACUACUAAUGUUCCUGGAGCAGGAGCUGAAACGACGCAAGAAGUUCGGGUAAGUAAUUGCUAUUGUCUCGAGUAUAUAAUCACACUGAAAGGUAGAUAAAUUGGGUGUCAGUAAACCACGAGGUCGGGCCGGGGUCGGAGUCCAUCCUUUUUUUAAAAUACUCCUGAUUUUAAGGGUUGGGGUUAGGGUUAGGGUUAGUAUUAUUGUCCACCCUAACCCUAACCCUAACCCUAACCCUAACCCUAACCCUAACCCUAACCCUAACCCUAACCCUAACCCUAACCUUAAAGCAGCAUUCUUUAAAAACAAUGAUCGACCCCAACCCCGGCUCCGGCGCCGACGCCAACCUCGCGUUUUACUGACAAAAAACCAGCGCGAAACUCUGACAUCUUUCAUCAUCGUUUACGGCUCGUUUACAGCCUGCAGCGGCCGAUUUUGUACCAGAACUUGAUCUACUCGAUCUGAUCUCUCUUCGGAACCUUUUCUUUUUCUAUUCAGGAAUUUAAUUUUGACAGAAAAUAGUUUAAAAAUGCUAAAACUAUCCGUUUUGUUGCCGGUUGGCACAUGGUCAAGUUUUCCCAGAGACUUUCGACACCAGAAAUUCAUACAGUUGUUGUCUUUCUCUGCGAUUUGGCAUCGUCGUGAAAAGCAAACUGCUUUCCAGCUUUGUACUUUAUAACUUUUAAAGCUAUGGCAGUAGCGAAUUGUGACGCUCAGUAAAUAAAAUGUGGAAGCCAACGCUUUUUAAUAUUAACAAGGGCUGCAUAAGUAAAUUGUUCCGUUUUUGAGCCUUUCUAAAAAUUGUUGUUUGCAGAUCAUUAGCCGGUUUUGUCUAUGACUAGUGGUCUUGAUGCCUUUUUCUUUGGGCCGGGUUUUUCGGUAUAAUGAACCAUAGGUUUUGACCAACCAGAUCGCGCGUACUAUCUUAGUAAUUUUAUAAAUUGUAAUGAGCCUCACUUAUUUCCUUCCCAAAUAAAUUUAUUCUAUUAUUUAUUUAUUUCAGAUAUACUUAAUUACGUGUCGGUGACACGUAAUUGGCGUAAUUGAGUACGUAUUCGCUGACCAGUUGUUGGUUUAAUUGAUCGCAGGCUCAGAUCCACAAUAAAAAGGCCACAUAACAAAUAACUUUUUAACCUCGUCCGUUUGGUCAUUACAGGGAAAUCUCAGACCUCGGCCUUGAUGUAUUGCUCGGUCAAUUCAUCAAGGACUCGGUCUGAGAUUGUCCUGUAAUGACCUCACUCUCGGUUUAAAAGUAGUAUGUAUUUCGUAUCUCAACAGGUGACCACAUCUCCGUUUGAAAGUAGUACCCAGCCUGAUUUUGGGGUAAGGCAUGGGCUUAUAAUUAGUAGCAAUGCUACUUUAGUCUAUCUGUCAGUUGUGUUAUAAAAACAGGCCAACAGACAAACAAACAAAGCAACACAAAACAAAAACACAAAGAAACUGUUCACGAGUAACGGUGUUACUCAAUAACCAUCAGAAAGGGUGAAAGGAGAGAUUUGAACAUGUUUAAUCUUUUCAGUUUUCUUUCAUAGAAACGAAUUUUAAAACUACAUACUUGUUAAUUAGUGCCAACUGAAUUGAUUGAUUUAUUUUUGCGUAAUAUUGGCAGUAUUGUGUUGUAUCCUAUUCUCUAAUAUCCUAUUCUCUAUCCUGUUCUCUAAAUCCUAACCCCAUUUCAGACCAAAAAAUGAAAUUUUCUACACCCGUUUUCAGACCAGACGUCUAAUAUCCAUAACCGUUGCCUUCAUUCAGAAAUUAUGUUAUAUUUACUUGGAUUAGAGCGCAAACAAAAAAAUUCUUCGAAGCCAUAUUCUCUUUCGUUCUUACUCAUUUGGAACUGAAAUGAUAAAUCCGUUCAUACACUUCCGUAGUUCCCUCAAAAAACAAAACCCGAUUCCAGACAAAAUGGGCAAAGUGUAUACGCGUUUUCAGACCAAAACGGCGCAAAAACCCUAUCGAUAGGGUGGUACAUAACUAUAUGGCUUAUAUAAGGGAGUCACCCCCGGGUUUAAUUUCAACUUUUAAUGUCUGCUUUGGUCGUUUUUGGUCUGUAUGGACCCAUGCAUAUUAUCUUGUCUUGACCCAUUUAGCUUUCCGUUUAAGCUAUUAAGAUGAUAAUUGGAGAAUUCAGCAUGAAUAGAUCUUUUCACUGGUACCUCAUUUUGCAAAUUUUGGCCAAUCCUGUUCAAGUUUUGGCUUAUGCGCUUGCGCCAAAAACAAGAAAGCUGCUUAAUUACGCCCAAAUAACAGAAAAUUAUGUCCCUAGUGUUAGUAGUCUCUUUUUAGCCAUCUCCGUGCCAACUGGCCAAAAACGGUUCAAAAAGGAAGAUUUGGUCCAAAAUGCGAUUUUUUCCCUAAUAAAUGACUGACGGCAAAGGGUUAAUACGUUAGUUGUCUUUUCUUAAUUUCCAGGGCCCAACAGGACAGUCUGCAGAUAAAGAAAAGCAAAAAGGCCAAAAAAAGAACACUUACAUUAUAGCGGGGGCUGUGGCAGGCAGUAUUUUACUCAUCGCUUUGAUUCUUCUUAUUGCAUGGCGCUGCAAUACUACUAGGUUAGAAAAAAAAUCAUUUGUUCUUUGCUACGGUAAAUACUUUCAUGUAUUUAUAAAAACCGGUGAUUUACUAAAGGUAGCCUUGAAUCUGUAUAGUCAUUCAGAUUUGUGGCCAAUAUAGAGAGCCUAGGUCUUGGACGGCGAACAAAUUAAUUGAAAAGUUGCAGAAGACUAAUGGCACCAAACUAGUUAUUUGCCUUUCCACCCUCACUCAUAUGCGCAAGUGUAGUUUAAAAAUAGACAAAUAAAAGCAGCAGACUUUUACUGUUAUUGCUUAAUGAUAAUACCAACAUACUUAGAAUACUCCAGCUCUUCCAAUAACUCGUUUGGUAUCAGAAGUUUCUCAGCGUUUUAUUGUCAGUGAUUAUUAUUUAUCUAUUUAUUUAUUUAUUGCAGGAAACGAGUUGAUUCUCUAAACCCUUUGGAAAGUAAGUUUUCUUUUUUCCCAGUUCAAAUCCACCAUCACCUUUCUUGCGACUUGGCGGGUGUUAGAGUUAUGGUAAUGGAAAAAAUAGCAGGGAGGGGGUGGGUGGGGUUGGCGAAUAUCAAUCCAGUAUUCUCAUCCCAUCUAUCCUAAUCUACCAUGGUAUUCCGAGGUAUUCUAUUUGAGUUCGGAAAAACAGUCCGGAUUCUAAGUAGAAUAUUCGAGGUGUACAUCGCGUCAUGCGUGCUUGAGUACCUCCGGAUAUUAUCGUACACUCCACGUGUGCCUAUCCGUAUUCGGGCAAAUUCAGUCGCGAAUAUGUGCCUUUUUGCGCAGUGAAUUUGUUCACUCUCUAUAAUAAUAUUUUUUUCAUUGUUCAUGUUUUGUUUAUGAUCGUUUGUUGCCUUAUUUUUUUAGCCUCAUCAAUUUCCAGUCCGAUUUCACAGGUAUGUUCUGUUUACGUUUACUGGUUAUGGUGAAUUAAGCGUGUGCUUUUAGCCAAUCACAAUCAGGGAAAUACUUUGAAUGAAUAAUUCAAAGUAUGCUUAAGGAAACUUUUCCUUCCAUCCAUUUGUUGUAUGGCAAAAUCAAACGAAAGGAAAUAUUAAAUUAAAUCUCACGUAGUUUGGAUCAUUAAUAGAAGGUUUAAGAUUUAAACUAAAAAGACGCGAAAUCUGAUUCGUUGUCUUGACCAGUCAUCUCUAUUUGGACUAACCAAGGAGAACGGAGCGCGAGAAGUUUAGCCCAGAGGAAAGCGAGCGGAGGGGGAGUGGGCGCUCCCUUUGAGCGCGCUUCUCUCUUUUUUGAUAACCUGGGACUGAGAGAGAACUGAGAACGAGUCAGACGUGAACAAGCCAGGUUCCUGAAACAAACGUGUAUUGCGUAUUACAACGUCCCUUGUUUAGGUAUAAUUUCUACAGUUUUUGCUUAAUACAGUCAUUUCUUCUUCCUUUUUAUAGAUGAGUCGCAACUCUAUCCCAGUCUACACAGAUGCAGCUUACGUGAUGGAGGUCGGGCCUACAAAUAGCAUGGGUGAGUUACGAUGUUUUUCAAUGCGUCAGGCAUGUUCAGCCAGCUGUUAUGUUUUUUUUUUUACUGGCAAAGAUUAGUACAAAUGUCGGAAAACCCUCUCUUAAUGAAGCUUUUAUUUACACGAGAAACCAAAGUCAGUUUUUUGCUCUAUUAAAUCUAAUAGUGACGAGACAAUACAAAUAUUACGAGGUAAUAAAUCAGUAACGUGCCAAGAUCACUCGUUCAAGCAUUAAACAACAGUUACAGAAAAAAAAAAUCAAAAUUGGUUAAAAGCUCAAAGCAACAUUUCAGAUGGCUCUAGUGAAAAAUAUACAAACAAGGAAAUUAAAAAAAGAUUAACACUUAGAAGAAUGUCUUGACAGUUAGUAGAAAUCCAUCGCAUAAAAUAGUAUGACUAAGCUGCGAUUAGGAGUUCAUUCUUUACGCAAACAAACAGGGUAAAAUUAAAAUAAAGGAGUAUCCAUACCAGUAGAGAAAGGCUUUGUCUAGUUUGCAAAAAAAAAAUUAAAUUGUGAAGAGGAAAAACACUUCUUAAUGCAUCGUAUAGAAUACAAUAACCUUAGACAGAAACUUUAUUUUCAUAUUUCAGAAAACGAUGCAAACUUCGUCAACUUAAAAAAUCACAAUAAAACUUUUAAUCAUGUUUACUAAAAUUAGAUAAUUACAAUACUUAUCAAGUUAUUUUAAUAGCCAAAUAUGCCCGUCUAAUGUUUCAAAGAACUUAAAGACAACUUGAGACGUAAAUCUCUUUAAUUUCCUUGUAGAGCGGUUUUCAUUUGAGUAUCGUAAAACCAAAACCAAAGUAAUUACUCUAGCCAAUCACAAAGGACACAGACAAUACAGUGAACCAAUUAAAACUCGAAGUAAUUACAUGUAGCUGACGCAAAGCGCGGGAAAAUGCAUGCGAGCGUGACACAAUUGGUUUUGGUUUUCCUUCUGAUUGGAUAAAAAAGUGGCGCGAAUCUUUUAAGCCAAUCACGUAGCGUAGUAAACGCAAAACCAAUUACCUUUCGACACUCAAAUGAAAACCGCUCUAAAAUGUCUUAACAUGUAUCAGUUCAUGUAUGUAGGGUCCCCACACGGUCUGCCUUGAAUACCUUUUGCUAAAUGUUGGUAGUGAGUAUGUAUUUUGUAUUAAUUGUCGUUAGUAAGGUUGUUGUUGUCGUUGUUUAGGUUCCAAGAUAAAUUGCUUCAUGCAAACCUCUUUUUCAGACAAUCCAACAUACCGCAGAGUCUCAGAUGGUGUAAUGGUAGGCCCGGAAAUCAAGCAAAAACCUGACUACGCAGGUGUCUUUCCCUUGGGCGCACCGCCAAGGCCUCCAGCGGAAAAGCGCGACAGCGUUAACGGUCAGAUCAACCCUGCUCUAACCUUAAAAGAAGAAGUCGUUACCUUGAACCCACUGUUUGAAGGAAAAGUAAUAAAUCAGAAUGAUUUAACAGAUCACGGUCCUAGUGAAGAGAAAGUUAUAGAGGAGGACUUGAAGAACACACAUGGUUAGUUUUCGACAAAAGAAAAACAAAUUAAACAAAAUAGAGACAGAGAAACAAAUAAGCAAGCAAAGUAAUAUAUAUUGAGAAAAUGGGGGACGUGUUCAUUUGUUUGUUAGCUUCAGCUACUUAACCUGUUUACCUGUUUAGCAUUACAAUUAAACUACAUUACCCCGCUCUGUUAGUCUUCACCUAAUAGUAAUAACGAUUAAAAUUACUAUGAAGAUAAUGAUAAUGAUAAUAAUAAUGAUAGUCAUGAAAUUCUUUAACCAGCGUGCGUUUUCACCAAAGUGGUUUUCAGGAUUGCCCUGCAUGUUGAUUAUUUACCAGUAUUUAAGAAAUAUGUUAAAAAGAAUAAAAUUAGUACAUUACUAUACACAGGAUUAUCAUGUAAAAAGGUAAUGAAAAUAAGAAUUGUACAAAACAUUACGAUAACAGACAUUUGUGGGUGCUACUAUAGAAGUGAAAAUAAUUUUCUACGAAUUACAGAUUUCAACCAAACGUACGACUGUCCUGAGGAGAUCCUGGACUCUAAGCCACUUCACUCGACACCUGUGCCUGUGUAUUACGUAGCUGACGAGUCCUAUGCGGAGAAUCUUCCAAGCCCUGUCGGAAAUGGCCAGAAUGAUACCUUGAGGCAUGUUUAUGAUCAACCCGAGGGUAAUCUUAGCCGUGGGGGAUCUUACAUCGUUGCAGACAAUCCCAAGGGUAUGUGAGUCUGUAAGAUUUAGGGACCGGUCAUUAUUUAUCGCCAGGGAGGGGGGCGGGGCGGAGGAUUUGGGGGGAUCACUUGAUUUAGACAAGACAAGACAAGACAAUGUUUUAUUUGGAGUCUUAUACAGUCCUAUGUAUAUCGACUUUAUCCAAAUAAUUUAAAAUCAUAACACAAAUUGCACACUAGUGGAACUAUAAUCAAUGUUAACCUAAACAACUAAUGAUCUUCUUUUCUCAUAGCAGUCGAAUACGUAUCUUGCAAUUAACUUUUGCACUGGUUUGUUCUUGCUCAGAGGGUUUAUUAACAACAGAAAAACAUUAUCUGGUGCCAUUCUGUUUACUGAUAUUCCGUAUUCUUUGUUUAAGUAUUCAGAUAAAGUACUUCUUUUUUCUUGAUACGCAGGGCACAGAGUUAAAAAGUGUAUUUCAUCUUCUACGUCUUUUACAGAUAGGACAGAUCCUCUCUUCCGGUUUCUUAUAAGGUCUUACAUACCAACCUGUCUCUAUCACCAAUUUGUGAUUGCUUAGACGGAGUUUAGUUAGAGUUAUCCGGUGUCGGACGUUGGUGACCUGACGAAGAUAAUCUUCACAUUUAUAAUUUUCUAUUGUUUUAAAUUUUCUGAAGGUUCUUAGUUCGUUCUUUUGGUUGGCGUCAUUUCUUACGUCAUUGUUUACGUCACUUAACCAUCUUUGUAAUUCGAUGUCUUUCAGUCUUUGUUUGAUAAUGUUCAAGAUUCCUAUGUCAUUUACAUGUGCUUUUGUCCAGAGGUAUCCCAGCCCUAUUUGGUCUAAUACGAUUUAUGGGAGAACGAAAGGGGGGAUCAGUCGUAACUGAGAACCCAAAAGGGGGGAUCACUGAAAACUUUGGAAGGAUUCAGAGAGGGGACCACUCAAAUUUGCUUGGAAAAUGAAGACAAAGGGGGGGGGGGAAAGUCAUCAAAAGUUUUUAGGGGGCAUCACUUCAGUGAAGUAACAUUCAAGCAAAGAGGGAAUCGGCUAAAUUUGACCUUGUUUAGCCCCGAAUCCUCCGCCGCCCACCCUUCCCCCGUACUUCCCCGCUUAAGCGAUAAAUAAUGACCGGUUCCUUAGUUCUGAUAGAUGAUAAGUACGAUUGCUGGCCCAUUUUAUAGGGGUGUAGGGCCAAGGUGCCUCCUUCUAGAUUUAAAUGUUAAAUCGAGAACAACCUCUUCUCUGAAAGCGCUGAACUUAACUGUUAUCAGAAGGAGCUAGAUUAUGUGGACAGCAGUAUUUUGAAUUUCUAAUAUAUAAGCAUAUAAUAAACAUCAUUUAUAAUUAAUAGGCUUUGGACAGUUUUAAGCAAUGAAAUAGCGAAAACGCAGGGGCACCCAACGGGAAAUUUUGAGAAAAAGACCCAAAAACAGCAACAAAGCGUGAAUAAAGUUUUCUGAGACUAUUUUAAGCAUUUUGGGAGAUUGCUGGAAAAAAAUUAUCUGUUCCUCACUCCCAGCAAGACUGAUGGAAGAGUUCCCAGCCAGCAAACUUACAACCUGCAACCUGACUUACUGGGAAGUUUCAUAGGGGAUAAUUCAGAUCUUGAGUGGUAAGUAACCCAUACAAGUAACCCGUAGCAGCUAUUCUAGACUUCAAAUCCCCUCUGACACCCUGAAUUAUUUUUUUCCCAGCAACACUUUCCUUCCAAGGACUAUUACUUCUUCCACAUCUCCCAGCCAGCAAAAAUGUGCCUGAAGAACAGAUAUUUUGAGGAACAGAUCCAUUAGGUGCCCCUGAAAACGGACGUAUAGAAAUUGUUACGUAAAAGGAACCCAAAGAAUCAUCGAUAUUUAAGAUCUACAUUCUUGGUAAAACAUAAUGGCUAUCAUGAACAGGUUUCCAUGGAAAUGUACUAUAAAUGCACUAGAGAUCAUACCAGUUGAAAUAAAAGUUACUAAAGGGGUCGUAACACGAACGAUGUUGAGAUUUGCAAAUCUAGUUAGGCCUAAUUACUAUUUAGUAAUAACUAUGUUUUUCUUCCUCAGUUACAAAUAAUGGCCAGCGAAAUCCAUCUCAAUCGAGCUUUGGCGACAGGAGUUUUCAAGUCAUAUAACUAAUCGGAAGUUGAAAGGCUUCCAGAAAAAGAGACUCAAAAGAGAGAAGAUGCUUACUGAACAUUAUCAACUCAAUGCAGAGAUCAGUUAAAUAUUUCUCCCUUAGUUUUAUAUUAGGUAGUCAGCGACGCUAUGCUCCAUCUUUGAAGAACAGAAAUAAGUCAAAACAAUCUUAAUAUUGCGCGAAGAUAUUGUGUUAUGCGAAAAAUUCUAUUCUAUAUAUACCUAAGAAUUAAGUAAUGCUGCUCUUCGCUGUUCUAAGACUUACAUGUAAAUGGCUUAUAGCAAACAAACAUAGUUGUAAUCCUUGCUCAGAAGAAAACUGUGUGAGCCCAACCUAGAAUCUGCUAUUAUCUUCGAUAGCCAGGGACUAAUAUUUAAAGUGACCAUAAAUAUAUGAGAAAACUUAUUAAUAGCUUAAAAUUAAUGUAUAUUGCUGAGGGCUCUUGAAAGAAAGGCUUGAACAACGCAAUGGCAAAGCUGUAGCUGUAGCUGUAGAAAACAGUGCAAGAAAUAUUACUCCAAAUGCUCCUUUGACUCCCCAUGCUAUUGCACCUUUAACCCUUUCACUGCCAGAGUGCUUGAUGGAGUUUUGUAAGGUGACUCUAACUUUUGAGUCUGUGGACGAAAUCCCAUGAUGUGACCAUUCAAAUGAAAGCUCUCUUCCUGUACUUACACAUGGUGCUAUUUGCCUGUCAAAAUUUUAGAAAAUGAAAUUUGGAUAUUUCAGUGGUCGAAAUUUGCCUUUGGCCACAUUUGGCAGUGAAAGGGUUAAGGUCCUAUAUCACCGCUCUAAGCCCAUUAUUGACAGCUUACACAUUAUUUGAAGAUUCACGUCAGUCUAAGUAUCGUGGAGGGUAAGAUUUAUCAUAAUUACCUAAUUAUUAGAAUAGUGUAAUUAUUAUUAGAAAUUAGAAAUUUUAAAUACUUUUAUCAUCAUUACGACAACAUCAUUAAUAAUUCGUCGAUGGAUGAAUGCAAAGCAAUCCCCCCUUUACUGUAAUACCAAAAACAACAAGAAAAAGGUUGGAAAAAAUGUCUUUGCAUGGUUUACCCGAAAUAAACUGAUUCCUAAAGCGACAAUUAAAUUAAAGCAAGCCUUUUAGGAAACCCAGGAACGCACAGUACGCCUAAGGAGGGGGAGGGUUGUCUGGCCUAUACGGGUAUGCGCCGCUGUACAAGGUAUUGUUCUGGUUAUCUCUAUGUCCAAAAUACGGUGUAUUAUUUUGUGCGAGUAUGUCUUAAUUAUAUAGAGGGUAUUGCCUGUACAAACAGGGUAAUAAAAUUGAGGAUUUUUAUUUUCGUCCUAAGGAGGCUGGGAUAGGGUUUCAAACCCUCAGCGACUCAACUAUACCCAAAUAUGAGUUCACUACUCGUCCCUCCUCCCUCGGGACAGAAGAAGGUGUCAAGAAAAUCAACACCACCACGCUGGUGCAGAGUAAUGCGCAACCUCCGGCUUGUUUUUUGCAACCCCUUUUUAAAGAUAAGAUAAUUAAUAGAUAAUCUUCGGUCGGUGAAAAUAUGCUAAAAGCUUUUGGCGUCUUUUUUUCUUGAUCUUUGUUCUGAACUGCGUACAGAAAUACAGAGGAAAAAAAAGCAAAAAAAAAAGGCGCCAAUAAGGG